AUGGCUACCAUGGUGGAUGCAAAGUUUUCCCUGGAAGCAGUGACACAUCCCAUCCGUGCUCUUGGGAGGGGCGCCUUCGGUGAGGUAUUUUUAGUGCGAGCAGUGGCACUCGAGCUGUCAUUGCUGUGUGUUGACUCGAGGAAGCGUGUGCGCUUGAAAAUGUCCGAAGCCGGCUGGGGCAAAGCAAUGCUUGAAGCGCAACUUCUGUGGAAUCUCAGCCAGGAGAACCCAUACAUCCUUCAGUGCUAUGACUUCCGCAUGCUGCAAGAACCCGUGCCCUCUUUGGAGCUGUUGUUGGAGUUUGCAGCGUUGGGCGAUCUUUGCCGGCGGCUCCGGCAAUGCAAAGAGCCUUCCUGUCCAUUGCCUGAGCCCGAGAUGCUGAACUACACCUUGGACGUGGCACAGGGUUUGGCCUUCUUGCACGGUCUUCGGCCCAAGGUCUUUCACCGUGACGUGAAGCCAGCGAACAUCAUGUUAUGCUACCCGUCAAGCAAGACAACCGACAUGCCACAAGCCAAGCUGGCCGAUUUCGGUGUCGCAAAGGUUCUGGAGUCAGAAGCUUCAAGCGCUGGAACAGCCACUUUCAUCGGAACACCCCAUUAUUUGUCUCCGGAAGUAUUUCGUGGUGAAGUCUACGAUGAACGCGCAGAUGCUUGGGCUCUGGGGUGCGUGAUGUACGAAAUGAUCUGUCAAGUGCGGCCGUUCCAUCAAUUUGAGAUAAACGUUGCACUGCUUUCUUUGCGAAUUGCCCAGGGAGAGUAUGAUCGUGAUCUGUUGCGGCAACAUUCCAAGCAGCACGCAGAGACAAUCUUGCAAAUGGUAGAAGGGCUCUUGCAGCCAAAGCUGGAGGAUCGGCGAAGAGCAGCUGAUCUUAUUCCACUUUUGUCGUGCCGCGACCGAAGUCAAGCAAGUGCAUCAAGUGCCCCAUCUUGUUGGAACGAAGUGCCGACCGACCCAGAGCCUUCUGAAAGUGCCGGUGCGUUCGCUGCGUCUGCUGCAUCGAGAUCAUUCGACAGCGACAGCUGGCACCAUGCUGAGAUACCGACAAACAUGACAGGCAUGACUGAGCUGGAGGCUGCAUUGCAAACCAGCCCGUAUACGUUUGGAAUGCAGGGCCAGGUGCUGACAAUGCGGCCUGAAGCUCAUGAGUCGCGCUUUGGUGGUAUGGAUAUCCUUGAUUCGCAGCAUCUUAUCUCAACUGUCAGGUUUUGCAGCUCCACCCUCGGAAUUUGCCCGAUAGGGUCGCUACAUUUGUAG